UAUCGCACGUCAGUAAUGACCACUUCCGCCUACGCACGUCAGACACCUGGGUGUCAAGGAGGGGCGUGGCUUCACCUGGGAGGAGUUCGCCACUUCUCACGAGACCUCCUCCGUUAGCAAGAAGACGCGUUCAAACAAGAGCCAUGAUCACGGCCGCCGAGUACGGGGAAACCUCAUGGGAGCUGACGGUGCACGUGGACCAAAAAGAGGGCGACGAGUCCAUGAGGUUUAAACUGCGGGUGAAGGGUGACCUGCACAUCGGCGGCCUCAUGCUGAAGCUGGUGGAGAAGAUCAAGGCUCCUCAGGACUGGUCAGAUCAUGCAUUGUGGUGGGAGCAAAGGAACUGCUGGCUGCUGAGGACCCACUGGACCUUGGACAAAUAUGGAAUUCAGGCUGAUGCAGACCUGCGCUACACCCCCCAACACAAAAGCGUUUUGCUGCAACUGCCCAACAUGAAAACCAUCAAAAUAAUCAUCGGCUUCUCCUGCGUCGUCUUCAAGGCAGUGGCGGAGAUCUGUCAGACACUCAACAUCAGACGGUCAGAGGAACUGUCCCUCCUCAAGCCCCCAGACGAUCAUUCUAAAAAGAAGAAGAAGAAAGACAAGAAUUCUCCAUUAGAGGACAUCUGGGACAUUGAUUUAGUCAGCGGGGGACCAGGGGGCUCAGGCCCCAUGUACAGCAAGACCAUGACGGCCACAUACGACCCCGAAAACGGCAUGCCAGUGUCCGCCACCAGCCUCUGGUUCGGAGAGAACCCUCUUGCCGACUCCCAACCCAACUUGCCUCCUGCUGAGCUGGCCAAACUCUACCAGUCUCUGUCUUUGGUGGACAAAGCCAUCAACAACGCCGGCUGGCUGGACUCGUCUCGCUCCCUCAUGGAGCAAGACGUUCAAGAAAACGACAAGCUGCUGCUGCGCUUCAAAUACAACAUCUUCUUUGACCUCAACCCUAAAUACGAUGCUGUUAGGAUAACGCAGCUGUACGAGCAGGGUCGCUGGUCCAUCCUGCUGGAGGAGAUAGACUGCACUGAGGAAGAGAUGCUGAUGUUUGCUUCCCUGCAGUAUCACAUCUGUAAACUAACCAUGUCCACUGAACCGCUGGACCACUCCAACGAGCCAGAAAUGGACGAAGUAGAAGCCGCCCUCUCCAACCUGGAGGUGACGCUGGAAGGCGGACACACAGACAGACUCCUGGAAGACAUUACAGACAUUCCAGAACUGGCAGAUUCUUUGCGGCUUUUUAGACCAAGAAGACUGACGCUCCGGCCUUAUAAAGAGUACUGGUUUGUAUUCAAGGACACCACCAUCUCCUACUACAAGAACAAGGAGGCCGCCAGUGGAGAACCCAUUGAGCAGUUUCAUCUUCGAGGCUGCGAGAUCGUGCCUGACGUCAACGUCACGGACAAGAAGUUUGGUAUCAAGCUGCUCCUCCCAGUGGCCGACGGCAUGAACGAGGUGUACAUCCGCUGUGACACCGAGACACAGUACGCCAAGUGGAAAGCGGCGUGCAUCCUGGCCUCCAAAGGCAAGACGAUGGCCUACAGCUCGUACAAGUCAGAGGUGAGGAACAUCCAGUCUUUUCUGCAAAUGAAGAGCCUGGCGCCCCCUCCUGGCCAGGCAGCCCCUGACCUUAAUGCCAUGAAGAUGAACGCAGAGUGCUUUGUCUCGCCGCGCUACGCCAAGAAGCACAAGACCAAACAGGUUGGCAAAAGUCAGUCAAUGUCGCGUCAUUGUUGUCAUUGUAACAACCAUAACUGUUAUUUCAAGCUAACCGCGCGUAUCCUGGAGGCCCAUCAGAACAUAGAGCGGCUCUCCCUCGUGGAGGCCAAGAUGCGUUUUAUCCAGGCCUGGCAGUCGCUGCCAGAGUUUGGCAUCAACUACUACAUUGUCAGGUUCAAGGGGAGCAAGAAGGAUGAGAUCCUCGGCAUUUCAUACAAUCGCCUGAUCCGUUUUGACAUGUCCACCGGCUUGCCCAUCACCACGUGGAGGUUCGCCAACAUGAAGCAGUGGAACGUCAACUGGGAGAUAAAACAAGUGACCAUCGAGUUUGACCAGAACGUUACGAUAGCAUUCUGUUGUCUGAGUUGCGACUGCAAAGUGGUGCACGAGUUCAUCGGAGGCUACAUCUUCCUAUCGACACGCUCCAAAGACCAGAACGAGACGCUAGACGAAGAACUAUUCCACAAACUGACUGGAGGCCAAGAAUAAGAAAGACAACGUUCUGUUCUUUUAUGUAGUUUUUAAAUCAUCCAAAUAUGGACCAGGAAACAACACGAUGUAUGAUAUCAAAGUAUUUUUGUAUUAAACAUAGGGAUAAAGUCAGAAUGUUUUACAGUCAACAGAACAGCAGUGUCAUGAAUUGUUAUUUAUCUAAUUCAAGCAUUUUAAUGUACACUCAAAAGCCAUUGUUGUUUAUGUAAAUAUGAUCUCAGCCUCAAACUGUGUAUGAAGAGAUUGUUGUAAGAAUAAAUCUUUUUCUGUAAUUAC